GUGCUAGUCCGGAAUGUCCGCAUCCGGGGGAAGCAUAAGAUCUCAGACAAGUGAGAGUCUACCGUCCACGUAGUGGUGAACAGGGCAGGUACCCUACCUGUCUAUACUGUCAAGCCCGAAGUCAAUGAUGGUCCAUUAAGAACUCUGCACAGGGACUUACUCCUCCCAUGUGGAUUCCUACCUAUGGAGGGAAGCAGCAAGUCUGCCAAACAACCUGCAAAGCGCAGAAUAGCAACUCGUGCAAAUCCUGUUCUGGAUGCUGACCCUUCAGAGGAGGAAGAGGAUGAAUCCAUCCCGGUCCAUUGGUUCAGUGAGGUCUCAAAUGUGUUCAUCCCCACAGUCCAUGAAGGUCUAGUACAGCCCAGAGAAUCCUUGUCUAAUGAACGACAUAGGCAGUAUACCGUAUCUCCAGGUCCCUGUUCUGUCGAGAGCCCAGUAAAUGCCCAGAUCGUAGAUUGCUCCCCUGAACUGUCUAGUCCAUCAGAUAUGUCUACCGAUGCCCCAGUCAGUCCCCUGAGGUCCAGUAGACCUACCAACCAUUGCAGUAAUACAGAACACUUACUUACUGAAAGCAUCGCCCCAAUUGACCAAGUACCUGAAACAGACCCCAUUGAAAGUAACCUGCCUGAUACCCGCUUACCUGAAGUGCAUCCUGUGGAGAAAGAGACCAUACUUGACGCUGUCAGUGACAUCUGUAAUGAACAGCAGUCGGUGUCUCCUGACAUGUCAGAGCAUGAGGAGGAAGUAGACAGAACAAAGACUGAGAAGUCUGUGGAAGGAGAGAAACUGGAAAUGGAUGGAAUUGAAUCCAGAGAGGAAGCAGAGAGAAUGGCAGUCACAGAUGCUCCUGUCAGGAAAUCUGGAAGGGAACGUCAACCGUCAAGGCGACUGGAUUAUCCUGAACUCGGAAACCCAUUGGUCACAGUUGUUAAAUCAUUCCUCCAUGGGUUGACCACUGUGUUAUCCGAUGUUUUGAAUGAAGAUCAAGUAGUCUCUGCACCUUUCCUCCCAUACCCCCCUCAGAUAAAGCACAUUUGAGCUCUUCCAUGUACAGGGACGUACAUGAGUUCAGGAGGGGAGAGUGUAACCAGGUCUUAAAACGGAGUCUUGGCAUAAUAAUCCCUUUCUUAAAGUCAAUCAAGUCUUGAGAUAAAUGUUUUAAGUUAAUUAAUCAAAGUACAUUUUCUAUGUAUAUAAAAAAAAAAAACGCCAUCUACAAUAAGGGAUCAAAUGCAUAAAAAGAUAGAAAAAGAGUGAUUUUCCCCCUGGAAAAAAACUGUUCGCACUACAAUUCCCAUGCUCCUUUUUGUGAGGAGCUGACCAAUCACUGAGCUCCAAAGCUUCAGGCAAUCGAGCUCCGCCUACACUUCCUGUUAGCUACUUACUGACUAAAAGACUGCAUGGCUGUUUCGUUGCCUAGCUGAAUUCCGAGUCAAUUACCAUCCAUAGGGUAAGAAACAUAAAUAUCCCCUCCAACAGGAUUUCAUUAAUUAAUGAGGAUGUUAAACAUAUGAUGACGGCUAUAUUGUCAUGUUUACACUUUAUAGAGAGCGCGGUCGGCAGACGGCUGCCGCUGAUCAGACAGCCAAUAUAGAGAGACCCACUCAUUGACUCAACGGUCAGGUUUUUUUUGCCAGAUUCAUUCCAGUGAUGCACAUGGAUCGGAAGUCACGCCCAACCUGGAGUUGAAGCCUUCCGGUCGAAUUGGGAUUGGAUGUUCGCACUCUGAACCCCCGAAAGAUUCCCAGCGUACGUUGGGUGGCGAGCCACGGACCCACGAGCAUAAGUCUAUGCGCAGUCUCACUUUCCCUCCUUCACGGAUUGUGUGGUAGGAUCCACGAGCACUGGCAUACUGAUACUGUCACGACACUGAUUUAACCAAAAAGA